AUGGCGGCGACAAUCCAAAAAUUUGGGAUAGCAAUAAUGAUAUUAGGCGUUUUGAUCUUGUUAGGGACUUGUUUGCUUUUACCAAAUUAUAAACAGAGUGACCGAACAGAAAUCGUUGCUAACUCCGAGGCUUUAAGCUCUGUUCGUAUCAAGAGACUCGCUAAACAUAUUAGAAAUGAAAGAUCACCACAGAAACGUAAGAAGAAAAAGUCAAAAUCCAAGAAAAGAAAGGGGAAGAAAAGAUCUAAAAGUAAAACUAAAAAUAAAUCAAAGAAAAAGAAAAGAAGGAGGAAGAAAAAGACAAAGAAAAAGUCAAAGAAGAUAAAGAAAAAAAAGAAAAGUAAGAAAUCAAGUAGAUCAAGAUCCAAAACUAAAACGUCAAAAAACAAAAAAUCUAUGUCCGAUACACAACAAAAAGCACAAGGAAAUGAUGCAGAAGAACCGAAUGAAAAACGAAAGAGUCAGAAAGCUGAAUCUAUUGAACAAAAGAGGAAACAAACACAAGAUAAUAUGAAACAGAAGAAACAAGCAGUGAAGAAUAAGAAAAAGAAACCACCAUUAAAAAAAAUAACCCCAGUGGUAGAUCAAAGAGAAUUUACUUCGGAGUCGGUAGAUCAAAGUGAAUUUACUCCGGAUCAAAAAAAGAAACUAAAAGUAAUUGUUAAUGAAAAAUUGUCAGAAAAAAGUGAGAUGAAGAAACAAACUGAAAUGGAGAAAAAGACACAGAAAACGAAGAAAAUUGAUAGCGUAAAGAAAGGGAAGAAGAAAAAGGCGAGAGAAAAAAAAAUACAAAAACCAAUAAAAGAGGAGAAAAAAGAUGAAAAAACAGACAAACAGGUUAAUAAAACUAAAAGUGAGAAGCAAAAGGCAAGGAAGAAAGGCAAGAAAAAGAAGAAAUCAAAGAAAAAAGGGAGAAAGAAAACGAAUCAAAAUGGAAAGAAGAAGAAAAUGGAAAAGACAAAGCAAAAACUAACAAUGAAAGUAAAAGAAGACCUUGAAGAGAGAGAAGAAGAUCACGAACAGGAAAGGAAUAUUGCAGCAUCAUCAGAAGAAGAACAAGGUCAAGAGAAGGCAAAGAUGAAAUCUUCCCUGGGGGGUAAAAAUAGAAAGGUAGAAGAACAACAUGAUAUUGAACCAUCAUCUGAAGAAGAUGAAAUUGAAGAUCAGAUGGAAGGAGAAAAUAUAUCGUUUGAUGAAGAUAAUGACAAGAAAGAAGAAAAAGAGGAACAAAUUAUAGAACCAUCUGAAAAGAAACAAAAUGAAGAAAAAAGCAUACAGUUGAAUAAGAAACAGGAAACAAAGAAAAGGGGAGAAAAGAACAGAAAAUUGAGCAAGAAAAAGAAGACAAAUAAAGAGAUUAAGAGGACAAAGAAAAAUAGGAAUGGGAAGAAUAUAGAAAAGAGUGAAAUGACCAAGAAAAUACCAAAAAAUGUUGAGGGGCAUCCGGAAAAAUCUAUACAGAUAUCAAUGGAUGAAGAGGUGAAAAACCACGAAAACUCGGGUAUAAAGGGUCAGAAAAAUAAAAGUGAGAAGCGAAAGAGAAGGAAGAAGAAAAAGAGGAAAUCAAAGAAAAGGGGAAAGAAGGUGAAGAAGAAGAAGAAAUCAAAGAAAAAGACAAAACCAAAGCUGCCAAAAGAAGAUCUUGAAGAGCAAAAAGAGGAACUAAAUCAAGGAAAAGAAAAUAUUAAAUCUUCUAAUGAAGAUAAUGUCAAGAAAGAAGAAAAAGAGGAUAUUGAGCUAUAUAAAGAUCACGAACAGGAGAAGGGUGAAAGUAUGGUAGAAGAUGUAAAUAAAGCAGGUAAAGAUGAAGGUGAAGCGAAAAAUGAAGGAAAUAUUGAAUCUUCUAAGGCAGGUGAAGUUAAAGAUCCAUCCUCUGAAAAAUCUUCAAAAACUGAGAAAGGAGAACUUGUACAUGCCAGAGAUAACAAAAACAUAAAAUUGAAACCAAAGCCAACAGAGGAAGAACGGAAGACGAAACAAACCCCUGAUGCUAGUAAAUUAAAGACAACAAGAGCCAGAGAAAAUAAACCAACAGCAAAGAACGAAAAUACAGCUUAUACAACACAACGUAUAUUGGUAUUGUCGGGGCUGUGUUUAUUUGCAUCGAAUGCAAGAUUCAACACCGGGGUUAAGGUUGAUGCUUAUACUGAUACAGAUACUAUUAGCUCCUCUCGUAUGCGAAGAAGUGUUGCCAAAAAUGAAAAAUCGGAGAUGGGAUUAGAAGAGGAAUCGCUUGAAAAAUCCGAAAAACCAAGUCAUAAAAUAUCAUUUAAAUUUAAAAAACCAACACUUGUGGAUAAUACAGAGAAAAGGGGUGAGCAUAAACACGUGAAAAUUGCAAAUAAUAAGCAUAAACCAGAAAAAUUACUAACAUUCAAAAAAGAUGAAAAUGAUAUUAGGGCACAACAGAAAAGUGUGAAAAUGGUUGAAAAGUUGGCAAGCAAGUUGGAGAAUAUUGCAAAAUCUGAAGAUAUGCAUAAGGAGGACACAAACCAAGAUGAAGGGAAAGAUGAAACUCAAGACGCUACGCCUGAAGCGAAAGCAGAGUCGAUCGCUGAAACCAAACAAAUGGAGAAUCCAGAGGAGCCAGAAGAGGAAUUUGCAAUUUCAGCUGUCUCUUUGGCACAGGAAGAUUUGACCACUCCUUCCACAGAAGAAAUAUCAGAAACAAAAACAGUAUCCGAAGAAGAAAAUAUAAUCUUACAGGAAAAUGCUUUGCCUACCCCCCAAGAAAUCAUCGUAAAGAAUGCACUACAUAAAAUAUCAAAAACCACCCCAAGCCUCGAAAAAAUUGCAUUGGCACCUACUACUAUAGAAACCACCCAACUUACUGAAGGAAGAAUAUUAGAUAUCUUGCCAAAUCCCAAAAAACCUAUAGAGGUGGAAAAAACAAAUAUAAUCCCGAAAGAAGAAAAACCCGCUGCCUUACCCGUGCCACAAAAACCUGUUGUGAAGGAAAAAACAAUUAUAAAACCCGAAACCAACCCCAGCCCGAAAACAGAAAAGUCGGAUGAAUUGCCCGUGCCACAAAAACCUAUUGUGAAAGAAAAACUGGUUAUAAAAUCGAAGACCACCCAAAGCCCGAAAAAAGAAAAGUCAGAUGUCAUGCCCGUGCCACAAAAACCUAUUGAGACAGAAAAACCAAUUAUAAAAUCGAAAACCAUCUCAAGCCCAAAAAAAGAAAAAUCAGAUGUCAUUCCUGUGCCACAAAAACCUAUUGUGAAAGAUAAACCUACGAUACAGUUGGAAACCACCCUAAGCCCGAAAAAUGAAAAAAUAGAUGCCUUACCCGUUCCACCAAAACCUGUUGUGAAAGAAAAAACAAUUAUAAACUCGAAAACUAACUCAAGCCCAAAAGAAGAAAAAUCAGAUGCAUUGCCCGUGCCACAAAAACCUAUUGUAAAAGAAAAUCCACAGAUAAAGUGGGAAACCAUCCCAAGCCCAAAAGAAGAAAAAUCAGAUGCCUUACCCGUGCCACAAAAACCAAUUAUAAAAUCGAAAACCACCCCAAGCCCAAAAGAAGAAAAAUCAGAUGCCACUCCCGCGCCACAAAAACCUAUUGAGAAAGAAAAACCAAUUAUAAAAUCGAAAACCACCCCAAGCCCAAAAGAAGAAAAAUCAGAUGCCAUUCCCGCGCCACAAAAACCUAUUGAGAAAGAAAAACCAAUUAUAAAAUCGAAAACCACCCCAAGCCCAAAAGAAGAAAAAUCAGAUGCCAUUCCCGCGCCACAAAAACCUAUUGAGAAAGAAAAACCAAUUAUAAAAUCGAAAACCACCCCAAGCCCAAAAGAAGAAAAAUCAGAUGCCAUUCCCACGCCACAAAAACCUUUUGAGAAAGAAAAACCAAUUAUAAAAUCGACAACCACCCCAAGCCAAAAGUCGGAAACCAUUCCCAUCUCAGACGAAGAAAAAUCAGAUGCCUUACCCGUGUCACAAAAACCUAUUAUGCAAGAAAAACCAAAGAUAAAGUCCGAAAACAUUCCCAUCCAAGAAGAAGAAAAAUCAGAUGCAUUACCCAUACCAAAAAAACCUAUUAUGCAACAAAUUCCGAUGAUAAAGUCGGAAACCAUACCAAGCCCAGAAGAAGACAAAGCAGAUACCUUGCCUGUGCCACAAAAACCUACUAUGCAAGAAAAACCAAAGGUAGAGACAGUUAUUACCCCAAGCUCGAAACUAGAAAAAAUAGGUGCCUCCACCACUCCUCAGAAAGCUCUUGUCAAUGUAGAACCAAAGAAAAAGUCAGAAAUUACCCAAAUUCCCGAAGAAAAAUUAUCGACUUCAAAGGAUGCUACCUUGCCAAAGAAAACCAAAGAACCCUUUAUGAAUGAAACGCCAAAUAUCUUAUCAACUCCAAAAGCAUCAACGGAACGUUCUAUUACCACUGCGGAAACGACACACGAGAUGAACGUUAUAUCAACAACUUCUAAGAAAGUAAUUUCGACAGUGGAUUCUAACGAAAAGCAUGAUCUAUUAUCAGUUACCACAGAAAUGUCACCCGAAAGUCCAACAAGUUCAACCGUUUCUUCAAAACAUAAACAGGGCUCUUUAGUUGGUUCUAUGGGAUCCCACGUAAAACAUGCAAACAUAGGGAAGAAUACAAACAAAAAUGAAACUUCCGUUUUGAAAGAUCGGCUUAAAAAGAAAAUCGAUUCCUUGAAGGUGCCAAAGAACAUUGACAGCAAUGUUUUCAAAUCUAAUUUUAAGCAUAAAAUCAACCCAUCCAAGCUUCCGAAGAAAGUAGAGUCCUCUGUGUUAAAAAAUAAUCUCAAGAAAAGGGUCGAUAACUUAAAUAUUCCAAAGAAAACAGAAACUAAGUUUUCAAAACACACACACAAAAAAUCGCCCAAUCACCAUGCCCCUCCUAUAAAACAUAAACAUCAAACGCUGAAACAGAUGAAUAAGGCGAAAAUGUCUGAAGAGAAUCGAAGAAACGAUUUGGGUGCAAAACUGGAAAACAAUGAAGAGGAAAUAGAUGUGAUAGCAAAAACUACAUCCACACCUAGCAUCGUGGAUGAUAACCUUCGAAAACUAGAGGAGGACGUAUUUGGUGAAACAAUCUUAUCAGGAAAGACGAAGGCCGAAGAGGAACGAUCUUUGGAGCUGGUCAAGAAAGUUGAACAUGAGGCCAAAGUUGCAGAAGAAAAAGUCCAGAAGCUCAAUGAGAAAAACCCAGCAGCUGUCAUGAAUUUAAAUGCAAAAAUUGCCAACAUUACUUCCAAAUUACACCCAACAGCUGACGGCAGCCAAACUCAACUAAUUUUAAACCCAGCUGAUGAAAGAUCUGUGGCUAAAAAGAGACAAGAAAAUAACAAAGCUUUGACAAUUAUGCUAAAUGAGCUAAGACAAUUAUUGGAAGAGAUGAAUCAUAAUAAAGUUUAGACUAUCCCAAGAUUUAAUAUUUUGUAUAAGUAUAUCAAUAUUAUUUUGUAAAAAAGUAUGAUGUGUCUU